CAGCUUUAGCAUCCCCUUAACGGCAUUGUGAUGCAUUGUGAGAUUCGUGCGUUUGGUUUGGUCAGAGAGAAUCUCUCUAGUCUCUGGUGGUCUCUGGUCUCUGGUUUGGUUCAUCUAAUUGUGUCGUAUUUACGCAUGGAAGAUUAUAGAAGCAUGAAAGUGUUUAAAACACGUGUUAAAAGAAAACGUAGCCUCAAAGUCGAGAAUUGAAAAUAACAAGACGAAAACGUAUUGUGAUUUUUUAUAAAAUUUCUUGAUCCAUCUGCAUCGUAAAUAACUGCACGUAGACGAUUUUUCUAGGAAGCCUAUUGUAUGUACUUUUGAAUGAAAAUACAAUGGUGAUGGAGGAAUCAGACGUAGAGCUAGCUUCGGAAAAUAUACCUGUUCCACAGGUACAACAUCCAAUAGUCGAUAGAGUUAAACGCAACAAAACGGCCUCACGCAAACCAAGAUUGAGGAAGAAAGCAUUGCAUGCAUCGAUACGUAAGCAAAUGGAGUUUUAUUUCAGCGACUCUAAUUUGAGCAAGGAUCGUUUCCUAUCAAAACUUUUGAAAGAGAAUCCCUAUGUGGAUCUUGAAAUAUUUACCAGGUGUAACAAGUUGAAAGAACUAACUACAGAUGAACAUAUGAUCACCACAAACAGGAUAGCUAAGGCUCUGCAGGGGUCAACAAUGUUGAAAGUAUCCGAGGAUGGUACAAAGGUCUGUCGAAUAACACCGAUUCAGACAAAAGAGAAUGUUGACCAGUGCACAAUUUAUGUACAAAACUUACCACCAGAAGCGGAUCAUGAUUGGUUGAUCUCUGCUUUUUCCAAAUAUGGAACUGUAGAUUAUGUUUCGAUUCCACGUUACAAGAGCAAUAAGAAGAUAAAGGGAUUUGCAUUUGUGGAAUUUGAUACACCUAGCCAUGCUCAAGAAUGCCUUAAGACAUUCCGAAAAAAAGGUUGUGUUUUGCCAUCACAUGCAUCCCCCACUGAGCUAUUAAGUAUAUCGACAUUUGAACAAUCUAAAAAUGAUACAAUAAUUGGAGUGGUUGAUGAUUCGAAGGCUAAAAAAAAAUUGAAAGAGAAUGAAGAAGCGUUCAAUGAAGGAAUAGACUCCAAAGAUAAUCUAUGCGAAGACAUAGAAGAUAAUAACAGCAAACAAAGUAAAAAAAGAAAACAUUCUUCGGAAAAAUUGCACGUUGUAGACGAAAAUGACAUUAAAGUCAAGAAAGAGAAAAAAGAUAUUGCCACUCAAAAUAUAAUAGACGAAGUAUCUCAGCAAGACGAAAAAGGAAAGGUACUCAAAGCUGAGUUUGAAGUUAAGGAUAAUGCCUGUGACACCGAAAUAGAUGCAACGGAUAAUAAUGAUAAACAAAAUUUUAAAAGAAAAAAAUAUUCAGAAAAAUUGCCUAUUAUAGAUGAAUGCGACAGUAAAAUAAAGAAACAGAAAAAAGAAGUACAUCAAAGCACGACAAAUCGGCGAAAUGAAAAGGUACUAAAAGAAGACUCUGAAGGCAAAAAAAAUAUCUGUGAAAUAGGCGCAAUAGAUGAUAAAGAAGAUAUAAAAGAAGAAAAAUAUACCCAGGAAAAAUUACUUUUAGAAAGUGAUACUAAAGCAAAAAAAACUGCAGAUAAAACUAUAACAGAUUGGCAAAAUGAAAAAGAACAAGUGCCAAGAGAAGAACUCGAAGACAAGAAUAUUUAUAGUAAUGAAAUAGAUACAGCAGAUAAUCAACAAAAUCCAAAGAAAAGGAAAAUUUCAGAAAAAUCGUACAGUAAAGAUGAAAGAGACAAAGAAAAUACAGAAAAUCAAGAGAAAAGUCGCAAUAAAGUUACAGAAAAAAAGAAAGGGAGACACACUGUAAAUGACACGAUCACUGUAGAAGACAUUAGUGGAGAAGCGAUAAGAAAGGAAUAUCAAAAACCAGCGACGAGUUCAAAUAAAAAUAAAACAACAGAAUUGGAACAUCCGUUUAACGAGGAUGAGAAUAUUGAGACAGAUGUUUUAUCACAAACUGAAAAACAUUCGACAAGAGAUUUCGGUACGAGAAGUAGCGAUAUCGAGGAAACUGAUGAAAGAAAGAAAAAAAAGAAUCGGAAAAAGAGAAAUAAAAUUCUGGGCAAUGAUAUUUACAGUAAGAUAGGAUUGCAAGUAAUGGCAAAAUCAGAUUGGAAACGUCUCCGAAACAAAUAUUUAGAUUUGCAGCGACAUAAAAUGUCACAAUUGAAAAUGCAUUUGAGAAAAGCUGAAGGAGAAAGAGGCGGAAUUAUGACAAGAUGGUAUCAGGCAGACUGGUCUGUAAUACACAUUACCCGUAAAUCUGAACAUGCAUUGGAUGAAUUAAUACAUGAAAAUGAUGACGAGAAGCCUAAUAAGGAAGAAAAGUCUUGUGGACGCGUUAAUUAUGCACCAGGAAUUAUAGUAAAAGUCGAAAUGGAUGAACCUUGCACAAAUGUGCAAAGUUUUAAGAUGGAAUUAAGAGACACUUCAGUGAAAUAUAUAGAUGUAACAGCUGAUUCUUUUGAAGCCUAUGUAAGAUUUGAUUCGGCAGAAGCUGCACAGGUAUUUACCCACAAGAGUUACGAAGGAAAACGCUUCACUGUUUUAGAAGGUGAUGAAGAGAAAAUAUAUUGGGAAAAAAUAGCGAAAGAUAGGAUGGAAAAAUUGAGUAGAAAAGGAAAAGUCAACCAAAGAGGGCGUACUAAAUUGCUAAAACGAGCAGAAAAAGAACUUGGAAAAUGUAUAAAAUUUGAUCAGGAUUGAUUUGUGGAUUAUUAUUCGCUUUUAUAUAUUUUUUGCAUAUGCACACACGCGUGCGCGCCUUAUGCCGUCAAAUCCACAUAAUACAUAUACAUGGCAUAUAAAUAAUGACACUAUUAUACAAUUAAAAUCAUUAAAGAAAAUUUAGAAAAA